CCUCGACAAUGGAGGGCGUCCCAAUGACCGCUUAGAUGGUAAGGCCUCCAGUCCCCAGAAUCACCUCUGGUGAUUCAAGCACGACAUUUGCUCGAGGCCUUGCGCCUCUCAACCUCCUCGGAAUUCUACCACGAGUCGUUAAGGUAGGCUCUUGGGUCGAAGAACUGAUCAGUCUGAUACAGGGCUAGAGCGAUUUGUCCAGUCUUGAAGCCAAAUAUCCAAGAUGUCUACUUCAGAACCACAUACGAAACCGCAUUAUCCUGGCCCUCGAGAUCUGUCGGAAUCCAAACGCCUCAAGGCGCAAAGUGACCUGGUCACAGCCGCUUUUGGUGAGCUUGUCUUAUGCCCCAUUGAUUUGACUGCUGCUGGCCUUCGGAUUCUUGACUCAGGCACAGCGGAUGGACUGUUUCUAAGACAGCUACAUUCGCUGCUUGCCCAACCGGAGUCUGCUACUCUGAUCGGCACAGACAUAGCACCUUUUGAGGAUAACGUGGGAAAGCCGGACUACGUCGAGUGGCAAAAGCAGGACAUCAACCAGGAAUGGCCCGCAUCCUGGCAGAAUACGUUUGACUUCGUUCAUCAGCGUGCAGUCAUCGCGAACGCAGGGAGCUGGGACGGUGCGGUCAAGGCAGUGACCAGACUUGCUAAGCUCGUUAAGCCUGGCGCCUGGGUCCAGUUGGUAGACAGUACCAUGCAAGAGGGAGAUAUCUUGGAAAGCGAUCCUCCAAGUCUAAAGUUUACCAAAGCCGUUGGUUCAUUUCUAAAGAAGUUUGGUCUCUUCAACAGAGCGACUGGCGGAUUGAGCGAGAUUCUGGCGCAGACAAAUGAGAUCAUCGAAAUUGGCCAGAAGGAAGCUGCACUACAGCUCGGCGUAUUGGCCAAGAAUGAGAAACUCAAAGAAGCAGGGAGGAUCUGGCUUAGCAGCAUGAGGUACACCAUCGCUGCGGCAUUGGCAAGGGUGAAUGACCCUAACUUGAUAAGUAUGAACGACUGGAACAAAUUGAUGGAUGAGGUAGAGCUCGAGGCCGAGACAGCCGGUGUAGAGUUCAAAUGGUGGGCAGCCUGGGGCAAACGCAAGGCAACUGCAUAGAUACAGGCAAACCCACGCUAUCCUUGCAGAAGCUCCCUUGGGCAGCAAUGAUGAUCGCGCAUAUUGCCUGCACCAGCAAGAUCACUUCCGGGAGAUAGGAGUUCUCUCGGAUGCGGUUCGUUCUCGGUGGAACGAAUCAAGAGCAUCGACAUCUUGUGACACGAUCCCCGAUAUAUAACCCAACUACGAUCACUUUUUUCACGCUUAUACUAUAUGGUCAUGAAGGUUCACCGGAACCGAGAGGCAAAAUAUGAGGACUGAGGUUGUACCCAAUAUCUCCGCUAGAAAGCGGAUAAGGCAUCCAAGGAUCAACAAACAAUGCAAUACUGUAUGCAGUUUUCACAACUUUGAACCCACCGAGGUCCGGAUCUUCCUGAUGCAUAUGACCGGGCCUGAAGAUAUCCAGAUCCAAUCUCUUUCCGAGCACGUAUUGGAUCGACACUACGGGGUACGGAGUACUGACUUAUUAUAUGUCAUCAACGUGCCUGUCCCUCGAGGCUAGCCAUCUAUACUGCAAACGGCACAGUUCGAUUGACCAAGCGUAAUUACCAAGGCCUUGAACCAGUCACUGAAAAGACAGUGGAUACAGGAGACCGGAAAUAUGAAUCCCUACUGAUCACACUAUGAAGGUUAAAGUAAUGUGUACUACCACUUCGUGACCUCUCCCGUCCAAGCAAGCGCCAGUACUGUUCUGUUACGGGCGUGAAGCUCGAGGCUAAACUAUAGCGUCCACAAUUGUUGAGCGAAAGAAGGUCGUGGAGUGGUAAGAUACGACAAGUUCUUGGACGGACGAUACCUUGAUCAUGCUUGACAUCGUUAAUGCGGCACCAGCUCGAGGCCUCAGCUCCCAAUUUCGCGAACAGUCGUCCCCGAACAGCGCUCUUAUUCUCCACCGAUUAAGGCUGAUAUCCGACUCGCCUGAACCAACGAUAAAAUCGGUACCGCUUGGCCGCACAUACAUACAUCCAGGAACACUUGCCAGACCAUCGGCUCACUUUGUGGAUCUCAAAGUUUGGAGGCCGGUAUCAGGUGAGGAGCGUUACUCGAAGCUAGAUCGAAGAUGGCAGCGAUCUUACUCUAAGUUUGUUGGGCAUCAAUCCUCUGUUGAGGCAACCGGGCCACUACUACCUCCCUGUGAAGCUACAAACUUGUGCAAGUUCCUAAGAGAGAACUAUACGCUGGGGAGCGUGUCUUCUAACCAUCUAGGCGUCAAUGGGCACGAUUUUGGCGUCGAAGGAGUUGGCGAUCACUCCUAAUGAGAAGAGGAAUCUGGAAAUUGCUGCGGCUGCUGACCUGCUAAGCUGCAGGCAUUGUUUCUGUAAUGACAUUAUUGUACUGCAGUAAGGCUCAUUACGGACUAUUCAAUGCUUCAUAGGCAAAGAGCUUCAGCUUUCCAAGCUCCAUGAAGAGCUAUGUACAAUUCUUCAACUGCGAUCUGAUUUCUCCCUAGUACCAGAUUAUGUCGUUUUCGGUAUCAGUCAUCCACGGCCCACGCCAUGCUACGCGUACAUAACAUCCGUUCACGGAGCCACAGGAGGAUCUUCUUCAGCAUAUACUUUACGCUUCGUCGGUCCGUGGUCCCCAUCUUCGUGCCAUUAUUCCGCGACGGUGGUCGAAGAGCUCGGGGCUAAGGAACGAGAAGAAAAGGCCGGGAGGCAACCAACUCCCUGGGUUCGAUAUGAUUGCUCUAGUGCGAACACGCCUUUCCCGAGGGAUCUGCGCUACAACACUGGUGGAUUGCA